UUGGAUAUUUGGGUCUUGAAAAUAUGCAUUAUUUCAUGAAGUGUGAUAUCGAAAAAUAUCAAAAGACAAUAUUAGAACAAAUCAAUCGACCCGCGGAGCGUCGGUGUCCAUUUGCAAAGACAUCAAUCGAAGUUACCGAAUUGCUAUGUGAUUAUUGGGAUAUCAGUACUGGAUAUACAACAUCAACAUCAUUUCAACCAUUACUGUUGUCAUUCAACAAAAUUCAUUAUAUCGCUGUGAAAUCAUUUUUCCGUCUAUGGAAUGAGAUGGAAGCAACAGUUGAUGAUUUUCCUAAAGUCUCAGCUUUGGUGAGAAGCCAGUUGAAAUUUGCUUUGCGUGACGAAGCAACGAAACAACUUUAUGAAUUCGAAAAGGAUCUGCUGGAAGUUGAAUAUAAAGUCAUUAGGGAUAGACAAUUAAAAGAACUGGAGUUGGGUGAUGAUCUACUUAGUAAAACACCUGUCAGAAAUUUACGCGAACGUCUAUACACAGAAUCUUAUGAGUUUAUUAAACAACAACGUAUCAGAUGUCUAUUGUCUGGAGAUUGGUUUCCUAUUAUUACAACCAACACGUCCACAAGUCAACAAAAUUUAGGUCGAAGAUCAAUAUCGAGUAAAAAAUGGAGGUUUUAUAGACUUAGCCCAAACAACAAAUUUCUUCACUAUAAUGAUUUUCCGAGUAAAAUCUUGAUUAGAGAAGGUGUUGAGGAGCUGCCUGAGAAAAUCGACCUUUCACUGGUAACGGAUGUAAUGACGGGCCCCACAGCAGUUACGACAGGUUCUCCAUCUAGAAGAUCAUUUAACAAUAAUGAACUCACAUUUUCCCUAAUGUCAGGCCCAGACACCUCCUUGGCAGAUUUCCUUGCUUCGGAUCUCGUUCAAUUCAGCGAAUGGACAGAUGGAUUAAACAUGCUAUUUGAUAAAAACAUCGGCAGUAAGGACACAGCGGAAUUUAUUCACGUGCUGACUGAGAUUGGGGUCAAAGUGAAAUUGUUGGAUUUAAGUGGUGAGAGGGUUGAAAUUCCACAGAAUGUUGAAGUCCCUAGUGCAUUGCCGGUUAUUGGAAAUGGAUUCUAUUAUGAUGAUCCUUUCUCUUAA